GGAGCGGUGGCUGCCCGGAUCCGUCACGAUGUCUCUGCAGGCUGACUUUGACAAGGCCACAGAAGAUGUGAGGAAGCUGAGAACAAGACCGGAGGAUGAUGAACUGAAGGAACUCUACGGGCUUUACAAACAGGCCAUCAUUGGAGACAUUAACAUUGCAUGUCCAGUAAUGCUAGACUUAAAGGGCAAGGCCAAGUGGGAAGCCUGGAGCCUCCAAAAAGGGUUGUCCAAGGAAGACGCCAUGACUGCCUAUGUUUCUAAAGCAAAAGAGUUGAUAGGAAAAUACGGAAUUAACAGUUGAGCAGAGCAGAACACUUCACCGUGGUGUUAUAACCUGUGGGUUAGGGGGAAAUGCAAUGUGAACGCUGUAGAUUGUAGAUUUUUGCGCUUAGCAAAUUGUAAUGUUUAGUUAACUAAACUUGACUACUUAAAUCAGAUGACUUUAAAAGUUCUUUAUAAGACACUUGUUCUGGACAUAUGUAUAUAAAAACUUGACAA